AUCGUCGCGCUGGUCACGGAAGACGUCUCGGCGCAGGCGCGCCAGGUCUUGGCGGAUGGCGGCGUGCGUCCGCUAAGUGUCGCCGCCUGGCGGCGCACGACGGGUGGCCAAGAAUACAUCGUGUCGCUUACAAAGCUGCGCAUCUUCCAAGAGCUCGGGUACGAUCGCGUCAUCUACAUGGACUCGGACGUGAUCGUCGUGAAGAACCUCGACGAGCUCUUCAACCUGCCGCACGCAGUCUUUUGGGCACCCCGUGCCUACUGGCUCGAGGACAAGCAGCCGCAUAUCACGUCGGUGUUGCUCGUCGUGGACCCGGACAAUACGCUCUUCCAGCAUCUCGAGUACGCCAUUGAGAAUGAGGUCCAGGUACUCUUCGACAUGGACGUUCUCAACGAAGCGUGGCGGCAUGUGGCCGGCAUCCUUCCCUCCGAGUUCAUGGUGCUGACGGCGAAUCUCAAGGAAAAUGUGGACAGGUACCUCUUUGGUUACAAGUCGCUCGACGACCGCGUCAACCAUACCUACAUGUAUCAUUUCUCGGGCGGGCACAGCAAGCCGUGGUUGAUGGACUCGGACACGAUCGAGCGCCAACCAGAUGUCAUCCCGCUCUACUACGAUCUGUACCUCGAGUACUGGGCCCAGCGACGGGCCGUAUGCUCCUUUCUGCGAUAA